AUGCGCCGACCGAUACACCGACGGACCACGCGUGCCUCCGCCGCUGCCGCCGCCGCCACCGGGUCAACCUCCACCAUCUUCGCCGGCGCCAUGAGAUACGAGCUCAAGAUCGUCGAGUACUCACGCACCAAGGCCGUCCCCAAUGGCUGCAGCAUGAAGUAUCCGGCGUUCACCGCGGCAGGCCACACCUGGCAUGUGGGGUACUUCCCCAAUGGGGUUAUUGGCGCCGAGGAAGCUGAAGCCGAUUACGUGGCCUUCUUCCUCUACCUCAAUGACAAUGACGCCGCGGAGGAGGCCGUGAAAGCGCAGGCCAUCUUCAGUUUACUCGUCAUUGAGGGGAAUCCGGUAUCGUCCUACACAUUCACCACCGUGCUGGUAAACUUCUCCGAGAAGAAGUAUUGGGGUUACAAGAACUUCAUCAAGAGGGAAUCUCUGGAGAAUCCACUGUAUCUCAAGGACGAUUGCUUCAGCAUCAGAAUAGACCUGGCCGUCACGCCGCCGCUUACCGUCGUCGUGCCGCCGUCCGACAUGCACCGGCAUUACGGCCGUCUCCUGAUCAGCAAGGAAGCCGCCGACGUCGAGUUCCAGGUGGGAAAGAAGGUGUUCGACGCGCACCGGCUGGUGCUCGCGGCGCGGUCGCCGGUGUUCAAGGCGGAGCUCUAUGGCCGGAUGAAGGAGAGCACCACCAAGAGCGCCAUAGCUAUCGACGACAUGGAGGAGGAGGUGUUUGAGGCCAUGCUUACUUUCAUCUACACCGACUCGUUGCCGAAGAUGAAGCGGCGGGACGAGGCGGCGAUGGCCCAGCAUCUGCUCGUCGCGGCGGACAGGUACAACCUAGAGAGGCUGAAGCUGAUCUGCGAAGAUAAGUUGUCCAAGAACAUUGACACGGGUUCGAUUGCGAAUAUUUUGUUACUAGCUGAGAAACAUAGUUGCCACGCGCUCAAGGAGGCAUGCUUCGAGUUCCUCAGGACGUCAAGAUCUCUGAAUGCAGUCAUGGAAACCGAUGAGUUUGAGUACUUAAUCGACACAUGCCCAGGUGUUAUUAAGGAGCUGAUGUCCAAGCUUAUUGUUAACUUGGGACAAUCAAAUGAAUGGCGUAGGGAUGGGGCUUUAGUCAUACCUAUUGCAAAAUUAAUACUCCGAUACUAUCAAGUUCAGUAG